GGAAAGGCCUCCCCGCUCAGCCAAUGAGAAGAGCGCGCCGUGCGUAAAGCCGCCCAAUGGGGCGCGAGCGGCGCGGUAUUUGAAUCCUAAAAGUAGGAGGCCUCGCUGAAGAUCCCGGCGGUGCGGGUCUGGAGCGCAGCCCUAACGGUGCUGCCCACGCUGGUGCCUGCGCAAUCCGGUCAGCGUCCAUUUCUGGACGGGGCUGGCACUCUUGCCUCCCUUUCCCUCAUGGCGCUGCUCCGACGCCCUACGGUGUCCAGUGAUUUGGAGAAUAUUGAUACAGGAGUUAAUCCUAAAGCUAAGAGCCAUGUGACUAUUAGGCGUGCAGUUUUAGAAGAGAUUGGAAAUAAAGUUACAACCAGAGCAGCACAAGUAGCUAAGAAAGCUCAGAACACCAAAAUACCAGUUCAUUCCACCAAAGCAACAAAUGUCAACAAACAACUGAAGCCUACUGCCUCUGUGAAGCCAGUACAGAUGGAAAUGUUAGCUCCAAAGGGUCCUUCUCCCACCCCUGAGGAUGUCUCCAUGAAGGAAGAGAACCUCUGCCAAGCUUUCUCCGACGCUCUGCUCUGCAAAAUCGAGGACAUUGAUACCGAGGACUGGGAGAACCCACAGCUCUGCAGCGACUAUGUGAAGGACAUCUACCAGUACCUACGGCAGCUGGAGGUUGUGCAGUCCAUCAACCCCCAUUUCUUAGAGGGAAGAGAUAUAAAUGGGCGUAUGCGCGCCAUCCUGGUGGACUGGCUGGUCCAAGUCCACUCCAAAUUCAGGCUUCUGCAGGAGACUCUGUACAUGUGUGUGGCCAUCAUGGACCGGUUCUUACAGGUUCAGCCAGUCUCCCGGAAAAAACUUCAACUGGUUGGAAUUACUGCUCUGCUCCUGGCUUCCAAGUAUGAGGAGAUGUUUUCUCCAAACAUUGAAGACUUUGUGUACAUUACAGAUAAUGCUUAUACCAGCUCCCAAAUCCGAGAAACGGAGACUCUGAUUUUGAAGGAACUGAAGUUUGAGUUGGGUCGACCCUUGCCACUGCACUUCUUAAGGCGAGCUUCAAAAGCUGGAGAGGUUGAUGUUGAACAGCACACGUUAGCCAAAUAUCUGAUGGAGCUGACUCUCGUUGACUAUGACAUGGUCCAUUAUCACCCUUCCAAGAUAGCAGCGGCUGCUUCCUGCUUGUCUCAGAAGGUGCUGAGCCAGGGGAAAUGGAGCUUAAAGCAGCAGUAUUACACGGGGUACACGGAGAGCGAGGUUUGGGAAGUCAUGCAGCACAUGGCCAAGAACGUGGUGAAAGUGAAUGACAACCUCACCAAGUUCACUGCCAUCAAGAAUAAGUAUGCCAGCGGCAAACUCCUGAAGAUCAGCACAAUCCCUCAGCUGAACUCCAAGACCAUCAGAGACCUUGCCUCUCCUCUGAUGGGAAGGCCCUAGGUGACUGUGGCUGUGUUGGUGCAUUUUUCCUCUCUGCUUAGGAACUCUUGAUUUUGUACAUAGUCCUCUGGCCUUUUUCAUGAAACCUCUUCUUGGACUAAUUUUGUAAGUGUAUAUUGAGGAAAAAUAAAGCUACUGAUCUUUUUU